AUGAAGAUCAACACGUUGGUUUCCGCCUUGGCCCUGUGCAUUGGGGCAGCCAAUGCCCAAAACACUCUCCGAGGCUUGACAGAGUAUACAUUCAUCGUGGAGCCACCGGAAAAGAACGUCGUAUCCCCGGCUGUCGCGACCGCAACAGGCACAUCGGGAGGUAGCGGCACAUCUGAUGCGGGGACCGGUGGGGGCGACUUUGUGAAUGAUGUUGUCGACCGACAAAUGGCUCCUGCAGGGCCUGCCUGCUCUGUCCAUCCUGUCUGCAGUGAUUUGGGUCUCACCGGCAGCUGCUGCCCCACCGAAGACAACGAAUACUUGGAUUGCUGUCUUCCAUCCUGCAAGUUGCAUGCGGCAUGUGACAGUUUGGGGCUGGAGGGAGAUUGCUGUCCCUCAGGUGAUGGCGUCGAAUUGGACUGCUGCAACUAUGACGAAGCGAUGGAACGAAACGCAGGAGCCAAAUGUAGUUCCCACAGUAAGUGUUCAGCUAUACCACUUGCCGACAUGUGUUGUCCAACCCGUGAUGGGGUGUUCUUGGAUUGUUGCGACAAGGAGGUGCCGUUUCCUUGA